AUGGAAGACAUCAUAUCUGAGAUUUCAGAGCGUGAAAGACGUAGAAACAACGUAAUAGUCUUUAAUGUCACUGAGCCUGAUCAAAAAGCCAGAAGUGAGCAAAAUGAAUCUGAUAAAACAGUUGUCGUCAACUUGUUACGUGAAGCUGUCCCUGACGUGAGGCUAACCAACAUAAAAGUGAUGAGAUUAGGAAUGUUUUGCGGCACAAAAGUUAGACCCAUCAAGGUAAUACUUGACAUCUAUGACUCAGCAUUGCAGGUUCUGGUGAAUGCGAAAAAGCUUAAAUCAAGUAAUACCUUCAAGCAUGUAAACAUCGUACAGGAUCGCACCAAAAGGCAAAUGGAGCAUUAUAAAAGUAUCAGAACUGAGUUAGCCAGGCGUCAUGAAGCAGGAGAUAAUAACUGUAGGAUCAAGUUCAUCAACAAUGUACCAAGGAUUGUUCCUUUAAACUAG